CAUCGAAUUACGCCUGAGGAAAUUUUCAACGAAAUCAACUUGUACGUGUUAAAUAUGUGUAAUAACAAUGUAUCCAUGACAUAAACAGCUUUGAAAAAUUUGAAGUAUAUUCUUCUGCAUUUAACAUUUCUUCAUCAACAAAUGUGACUAUAAUCGUAGAGUAAAACAAAUGAAAUUUAGAAGAUAUAAUGACAAAUGUUAUUUUUAAAUAAAUUGUGUACUGAUUAAGCAAGUGACGUUUCUGAAACACUAUCGACUGUUUGUCGUGUACCUACUUAAGACAUCGAAACAGUUAAAUUUAUUCAUAAGAUAUUAUUCUUAGUCGAUAAAACUAUUCAAACGCUAUAUAGAAAACCCAUGAAAAAUGAAAUUUUUUUUCACUGUAUUGGUUCUUGCUGUUUUUGCCGAGACAAGAGCAUUUUUGUAUCCUAAUCAACCAUAUGAUUUAUCGUGUCCAUCUGGAAGCAAUUCAGUCAAAAAUAACAAUCCUUCGGUAGAACAAACUUUAUUACCUACAAAAGUAACGGCUAAAAUUUUGUCGUUUCCUAAAAUUAAUAAAAAGUCAUCCUUAACCCCAAUUCUUCUUAAAGUGCUGUCUAAUGUCUUACAAGAAAAGGUAUGUGACAGUAAUCCCGGACUUGAACAUUACCAACCACCUUUACAAAACUAUGUGCAGCCAGGCUAUUCAAAUUAUAUAACUACUCCACCACCUUUACAAAACUAUGUGCAGCCAAGCUAUUCAAAAUACUUAACUACUCCACCACCUUUACAAAACUAUGUGCAGCCAGGCUAUUCAAACUAUUUAAUCACUCCACCGCCUCUACACAAUUGUAUGCAGCCAUGUUAUUCAAAAUAUUUAGUUACUCCACCACCUGUAUAUAACCCAUUUACUGUCCCAGAGUGUGAUAUCGGAACUCCCGUACACGAAACGAAAACUGAAUGUAAAACAAAUCCUAUUGAUGUAGCCGAGUCUCUAGUAAGCCAACAAUUAUCAUCUGAAAACUUGUAUUUUUUGUACAGUUUAUUAGUGACAAAUCCAGAUAUAUUACAAAAACUGCAGCUUUUGGCAAACGCAUAUCAAUGUAAUAAGCAAAUGUAGUUACAGUAAGAGAAUUACUCUUUAAUUGAUUAAGUUUUAUAAGGGCUGGAUAUAACGUUUACGUUAUUUUUUUUUUUAUUCCUAAUCGUGCUUUGUAUUUUAAAUUUAUUUAUACUAUUUUGAUUAUCUAUUAAAAUUUACACGAAUAAUUCAAAA